CCUCUGGAGAAAAUGAGCCCCGGCCACGGAGGAGGGCUUAUCUUGGGCUUCUUUUUGACCAGAAAUGCUUUCUCAGCUGCAGUUGGUCCAUAGCAUGCUGCCCUCUGCCCUGUUCUUGUCUCUGUUCCUUGGUGGUGUUGCUAUCCCCAGGGGCUCUCUUGUCAGAGCCACUUAUGAAGCAGGAGCAGAGAAAGUCCAGGGAAGAUGCUCCUUUGGUCAUCCUAGCAACACCUCCGCAGAACGGGCACUUGGUGAACACAGGAUGCUUGGGUGGGUCCUCAUUACCAUGGCUACUAUCAGCCUCAAGGGCAGAAUGGCGAGAGGGGAGCCGAUAAGCCAUCUGACCAACGUUUGGGGGCACCAUCCUGACGCUUGGUGAUUGAGUGGCUAAGCAGUGAAGCAUAUACUGUUGUUUGGGGACUAACGCUUAACCCUUCUUUUUGACAGGUGAGAACAGACAGCCAUAAUGGAACCCAAACCUCAGAAGAGUUCAGGCAAACAAUUUACAUUAUAUUAUGAAAAUGAAAUCUGCAAACAAGAUUACUUUAUUAAGUCACCACCUCCUCAGCUUUUCUUCUCCGCAACCUCUUGGAAAAAGCGGCUUUUCAUCCUGUCAAAGAGUGGGGGAAAGGGCUUUAGUCUUUCCUAUUACAAAGACCAUCAUCACCGAGGUUCUAUUGAAAUUGAUCGAAAUUCCAGUGUAGAAGUUGGCAUCAGUAACCAUGAAAAAAUGCAAUCUGUACAGAAGAUGUUUAAAUGCCAUCCUGAAGAAGUGAUUACCAUCAGGACCACUAAAAGGGAAUACUUCCUUAUUGGCUUCAGGGAGAAGAUUAAAGACUGGGUCUCCUUCUUGUCAUCAAUCUGCUGGAAUAUAAAAGCAGCACACCAGAAUACAGAGGAGAAACUCUCAUUGGGUGAUAGAAGGUCCUCUUCAGACCCCAGCCCUCUCCUUGGUCCUUCCUGCACAUCGGAGUCUGUCAGCGUGACCACAACAAGAAAAAGUCUUCCAGACACGGUAAUCAGACUCACCUCUCUUAGGACACCCUGGCUCACAGAAGCUCCUCUACCGAAUGACUUGUUAGAGACCGUUCAAGAUACAGAAGAAGAGAGUCAUUAUAUUAAUCCUCGAAGUAUUCUUCCAGAGUUGCCUGAUAUUAUUGCUGUCAGUAAUUCUGGUGAACCCAUUGAACCCAUUGGACCUGGUAGUCCAGACCAGGUCUCCAACGCAGUUGAGCAUCAUUACACGUCAAUGAAAUCCUGUGUUUUCAAAGUGACGUCCCAUAAGUCUGCUGAUGGCAAAGAGGAAUCCCAGACCCUGGCAGAUAUCCUGAAUGGGGAGCUUCACCCACAAGAACAAGGCUCAGGAACAGGCUUUUGUCUUUCACCUGCCAAUACGGAAGCACAGAUCACGAAUGACAAAAAGGGGUCGGCCUCACUAAGUGUUGUGCAGUUGUCUAUACUAAUCAACAACACCCCCAAUGAAAUCCAAGUGGAGAAACUGAACGUGUUCCUUUUUGCUCCUGACAUCAUAAACUAUCUUGCUCUCAGAGAAGCUGCAGGACGGAUAUGUGUGGCUCAGUGGAAUGGCCCCCCGCACCUGGGAUGCUUAUUUUUUCACGGAGAUCACCUUUUGGCCGUGAAUGACCUGAAGCCCCAGAGCCUGGAGGAGGUUUCCUUGUUUCUCAGCCGGUCCAUCCAGAAGGAGAAAGUGAAACUCACCAUCGCUCGGAUCCCGAAUUCAGAGAAAUUCCACGCAAUAGCCUGUACAUGCCACUUGCAAGACCAAGGUAUUAGACCUUCGAAACUGGAUACGUCUGUACUGGAGGGGACACUGAAGAGGAGUCUAGCCAUUAAAAAGGGUCAGCAGAAAGGAUCUGGAGAGUAACGUACUGGAGCCCACUGCCGACAAGCGGAGGAUGGGCCCCGGGCUCUGUGCUGGGCUCUGCCCCUCACCGCUGUGUGAUAUCAGGCA